AUGAGCCAUCCAACGAAUCCAAAUACGUCGAAUAGCAGUCAAUCAAUACCAGUAAACCCGAAUGACUUGGAAUAUUUAAUUGGUUUUAAAGAUUUCAUCUUUUGGUUGAAAUUAUCUGGAAAAUUCAAUCCAAACGAGGACAAGGACGAGCUAUACAAUAAAUACCUUGAAUAUAGAAAAUUAUUUCAUUCUAGACAGUGCUACACGCUUUUCUUACAACAGAAGCAUCAGCCUUGGUUUGUAGAGAAGUACUACCCUUCAAAGGAAGAUCAUCGUAAUCAUUUAAAGUUACGCGGUUGGAAUUCUAAACCCAGAGAUUUCAUCGAGGAUCUCAAUUCGGGUGCUUUUGACAGUGUCUCAUUCGAUAAACCUCCAAAAGACUCGAACGAAUCAACUCAGACGACACCUUAUACUAUCCAACCUCCUAAUCACCCUCAGUUAUUCAUAAAGAGCAUCCCUCCUGCUAUUGGUCGAUCUAAGUUGGAAUCUUACUUUUCUCAGCUCGAUGGAUUUGAUUAUCUGGCUCUAUCUGAUCCACAAGCCGUAAAAAGAUAUCAUAGGACAGGCUGGGUUAGUUAUAAACAGGGUAUUGAUUUGGACUAUUACCUGAAAAACCAACUCAGUCAUCCUAAAAUUGACACUUUCACUCUUUAUAUUAACAAAUGUGACACUCCAAUCACAACUAAAGCAAAGGUCGCACCUCCAAUCAGCAACACUCCAGACAGAUUGAGACAGGAUCUUGGUAACAUUAAGAAACUAUGUACACACCUCGAAUCCACUUACAAUACAAUAUCAAACAAUGAUCUUUCUAUCAACAUAUCCCAGCAUAUCUCCAACGCUAUCACAAAGCUCAACAUCUCCGAUCACACCACUAGACUCAAGAAAGAGCUCGACUUGUACAUACUAUACCUGCGCAACGCUUUCAACACUUGCUAUUACUCUGCUUCUAUCCAUGAUUUCAAGGAAGAGCUAGUAAGGAAGUCGUGCAUUUAUUACCGUAACACUGCAAACCCACCGGACAACCACGAAGACGCCUACGAUUCUCAUAAGUCUGAUAAUUGGAUGAGACACCUAGACGAGAAGAUAUCGUCCUUGAUAGAGCCAAAUUUCGAUUACUUGGCAUGUGGUGGUUUUGACUAUGAUGAGCAAGUAACGGCUGUAGUGUCGAAGUUGAUAAAGAAAGAGGAUGAAAAUAAGUUUAGGUGUCUAGAAUGCACCAAGUUAUUUAGAGCUACUGAAUUUAUAGAGAAACACAUACUCAACAAACACAGCGAAAUGAUUGACGUAGAUAAACUAGAUGAUAUAGUAGCAUUCAACAAUUACAUACGCGAUCCAAAUCGCGUAAAUCCACUAGCUGAUCUACCUGCUUGUGUGAAUAGACGUUUUCCUGGAGCUGCCAUUGCCAGGCAGCGCGAAGCAGAGAAAGAGCGAGAGCGCACAGAGCGAGAGAAAGCUAACAGGAGGGAGUAUUACGAACCGGGUGCGUACGAUCGCUACAACAACGAGCGAUAUGAUUAUGACAGGGAUUAUGAGCGUGGAAUGGGUCAUGCCGUAUUCAAACACAAGCGACCACAUGAGUAUAACGACGAAGGUGGUGUGAAGAGGUUCAAAAGCGUUGGUAUACCGUCAUGGGCGAGAAAUGUUCCUCAACAUACCCUCCCACCUUCUUACAGAGAGGCGCCAAGCGCUAGUGCGAAUCCUGCUAGUGUUAACCCUAGACGCAUUCCUCCCCCACCAGGCGCCAAGGUCGAUCCUAGAGCUGGUGGAAGCAGUAAUACGUAUGAAGAUCUGGAUACUGUUGCUGGGGGUGAUGAUGUCGAGUUGCAGUAUUAA